CUUUCUGUUUGUGGGCCCGUCUCCUAUCCCACAUGACAUCAGGAAGCGCUGUGCGUAGUGACAUCCGGAUUCCAGGCGAGAUGGUCAUGGCGGAGGGUACAGCUGUUCUGAGGAGGAACCGACCAGGGACUAAGACAAAAGAUUUCUACAAUUGGCCAGAUGAGUCAUUCGAGGAGAUGGACAGCACUCUGGCUGUACAGCAGUACAUUCAACAAAACAUCAGGACAGACUGCUCCAACAUUGAGAAGAUUCUGGACCCCCCCGAGGGUCAGGAUGAGGGCGUCUGGAAGUAUGAACAUCUCAGGCAGUUUUGUCUUGAACUGAAUGGACUUGCUGUAAAGUUGCAGGGAGAGUGCCACCCAGAUACCUGCACCCAGAUGACCGCCACAGAGCAGUGGAUCUUUCUCUGUGCUGCCCACAAGACUCCCAAAGAGUGUCCUGCCAUCGACUACACCCGACACACACUAGAUGGAGCAGCCUGCCUCCUGAACAGCAACAAGUACUUCCCCAGCAGGGUGAGUAUCAAAGAAUCUUCUGUUGCUAAGCUGGGCUCAGUUUGCAGACGGAUUUACAGGAUAUUCUCCCAUGCCUACUUUCACCAUCGCCAAAUCUUUGACAAGUAUGAGAACGAGACGUUUCUGUGCCAUCGCUUCACACGGUUUGUGAUGAAGUACAACCUGAUGUCUAAGGACAACCUCAUAGUUCCCAUCAUGGAAGAGGAGGUCCAGAACGAGGCGGAGGGAGAGAGCGAAGCCUGAACACCAGCUUCAUCAUGCCAAACCUACACACAGACACACACACACACACACACAGACCCUGUCCAUACAAAAUUGUACAUUAUCACAGACCCAAGAGAAAACAAGCACACUAAAAUCACAUGCUAGUGUUAGUAAAAAACUGUCAUUGCUGUAAUAACUGAGACAUAACAUCUCAAUCUAACCUGAAUGUUUCAGAUAUAGCAGUGUUGUGGUGAAACGUUACAUUCAUUGUAUUCCCUUGGUUGACUGUGGGAUUGUGUCUUUAACUAACAACAGACUAACCUUGCCUUUCUGCUUGUUUCUUUCCUCUUAACUUCUUAAAUAUUCAUCGUAUUCUAGAAUCUUUGUCGAAAUCUCGGGUCGUGUGUAGUCACAGCCAAGGCAGAUGUAUGCCAUAACCAAAUGUUACAGAUGGUGAAAUCAUGAGCUUAUCCAGGCCAAGAUGACAACUACACAUUGUAUCUGUUUGAAUGAUGGGUCACAUUACAGCUACGGUCCCACUUUCUCAUGAAAUCAUUUAGGAGAUACUAAAGAGUGGAGGUGUUGAAGCUCCGUGUUUCUCACCUGGCACUGCUAAAGGCUUGUUUGCUCACUGGACAAAAGAUUCUGCACCUAUUCUUUA